ACGAAGCACCAUCAGUCUCAGUCGUUCGUGAACCUCGAAGGACGACAGGGGUCGAAGAGGGCAUCAACUUUAUUAAAUUAGUCUCUUCAUUCAUCCUUUUAUUUAUUUAUUUAUUUUGCACCUCAUUGUUUACAAUUUUUUAUUUAUUUAUUUAUAAUUUUUUUUUUACUAUUUGUGAUAUCAAAAAAUCAAUCAAGUAUUGAUAAUUCUUCGUGAUACGGUUUCAACGUUUUUACCAAAUAAAAGCUUGGUGGUCAAAAGCUCACCGGUGUAACGUUAGACUGGAAAUUUGAUAAAUCAAAAAUGAUCAGGCACAUCAUCACUGGGGUCUUCCUGAUAUGCUGUUUUCAAGAACUACUUGGAGGUCAGUGUCCACGGAUAUGUCAAAUUGGUGGAGAGCCGGUAUGCAGUAGUGAUGGUAUUAUAUACGCUUCAGAAUGCGAAAUGCGGAAGAAAACUUCUUGCGGAAAAGGGAUUUCUGUUGAUAAAGAAAAAACAGCUUGUUUAAGAUCAGCAGGUAGCAAAUGUGAGCAUCGUUGUUCAUCUGAUCAGGAUGCAGUAUGUGGUACUGAUGGACGUACUUAUCUCAACAAGUGUAUGUUAAGGGUUGAGAUGUGUAGAGUUGGUAUUGAAUUGUCUCAUCUUGGACAGUGUAAUAAUAUAUCAGCACACAGAGAAAAUUGUCCAGUAUCUUGUGAAUUGGCACCACUUGAUGGACCGGUUUGCGGAAGUGAUGGAAAUGUUUACAAAAAUACAUGUCUUAUGAAACUUUUAACAUGCAGACAAGGAGUGGUAAGAACAAACAAAAAACAUUGUCAAACAACGAGACACUGCCGAGAGACCUGUUGGCGGGGAGCCAAACCGGCAUGCGGUAGUGAUGGAAUUCUUUAUGCGAAUACAUGCAAAAUGCGGGCAAAGAACUGCGGUAAACAUGUAUUUGAAGUACCAAUGUCAUUCUGUGUGACCCGAGAAAGAACAUCUGGUAGUGUUGCUUCUUCUUGUCCUCUUGAUUGUAAAAAUGAAACAGAAAUACAAGUUUGUGGAUCUGAUGGAAGUAUAUACAGAAAUGAAUGUGAAAUGCAUAUGUUAAAUUGCGGACAAUCAAGAAGAAAAAUAACAGUUGUUGAUUUUGAUAAAUGCCAAACAAGAAUGACAAAAUGUAUGAAGCAAAAAAAAAAAUGUAGUAAUGAAGUUGAUGCUGUUUGUGGUAGUGAUGCAAAUACAUAUACAAAUCAGUGUCAUCUCAACAUUGCCAUAUGCAUGAAAGGAAUUCAACUAGCACAUGUUGGUGAAUGCACGACCUUGAAAGAAACUGAGGAUUGUCCAGAUGAUUGUAACGAUGUAUCUGAAAAACCAGUUUGUGGUAGCGAUGGAAAUGUUUAUAGAUCUUUGUGUCAUCUGCGACGAGAUACUUGCGGUCAGAGGGUAGUUCGAGUACCAGCACAGCAUUGUCCCACCACUGCACUUUGCAAUCAGAUAUGCAGUGAUGAACGGCAGUUUGUCUGCGGUUCUGACAACAAACUUUAUCGCAACGAGUGUGAGAUGAAAAGGGACAAUUGCGGAAAACAUGUAUAUGUUGUUCCCAUGAAAAGAUGUCUUCAAAGCUUUCAAUUUCGUGGAUGUUUAAAAAUAUGUCCACCAUAUUAUGAUCCAGUUUGUGGUACUGAUGAUAAAACAUAUAGCAAUGAAUGUUUUUUGGAAAUUGAAAAUUGUCGUAGUCGAAAUCUUGUGACUAAAAAUUAUCAUGGUAUUUGUGGUCAACCAACUGAAGAACCCAAGAACUAUUUGUACUAGAAAAAAUACUUUUUCUUUUUUUGGCUCAUCUGUGAUGUAGCAAUUUCUAUUACUCAUAGUAAAAAAAAAAAAAAAAAGAAAAAUUGAAAUCACCUUUUUUUUGAUUGAUAAAGUUUUUAUAAAAUGUUUUUUUUUUCCCAAUAUGUGAGCAUAAGAUCUAAUAUCUGCGGUAAAGAAAAAAAAUAAAAA